GCGUAUAAUUAGGGGAGAAUUCGAAGAUCUUUAGGCAUUUCGGCGAGACGAGCGGAGGCGCACGAGAGCACGAUGAGGAUUUGAUUUUCUUUUUCUUUCUUUUGGUUUCAAGUCUCAUCGCCAAAUUUCGUUUUCGAUUUUUUUUAUUUUUUUUGCUCGUCUCGUCUCGUGUCUACCCUUUAUUCAUCCCUCUUCUCGCGUUGGUGCUCCUCCGCCCGAUCUCUCGUCUCGAAGCUUCUGGAAGCUUCGGGGGGAGGGAUCCCGGGCCGGGCUCGCCCGCCAUGGCGCUGUGGCGGUGUAGCUCCUCGUGGCUCUCGUCGGUGUCGCGCUCGUCGGGGGGAGUCGGCGGCGGCGAAUCGAAGGUGUCGCCGGAGAUCGCGCCGGUGAGCGGCGGGGAGGGGGAGGGAGAGGAGGAGGAGGGGGAGGAGGAGAGGUGGUCGCGGCUGCUGCCGGAGCUGCUCACGGAGAUCAUGCGGCGCGUGGACGCCGGCGCCGAGCGGUGGCCGCCGCGGCGGGACGUGGUGGCCUGCGCCUGCGUCUGCCGCCGGUGGAGGGACGCCGCGGUGUCCGUCGUGCGGCCGCCGCUGGAGUGCGGGCGGAUCACGUUCCCUUCCUCGCUGAAGCAGCCUGGACCAAGGGAUGCUCCGAUGCACUGCUUCAUCAGGAGGAACAAAAAGAACUCGACCUUCUACCUUUAUCUCAGCUUAACACAGGCCCUAACGGAUAAAGGAAAGUUUCUGCUGGCUGCUCGAAGGUUCAGAAACGGGGCACAUACAGAAUAUAUCAUUUCCUAUGAUUGUGAUGAUCUAUUUCCAGGAAGCAAUUCGUAUGUUGGGAAACUGAGAUCUGACUUCCUGGGUACAAAGUUCAUCAUCUAUGAUAGCCAGCCACCAUACGAUGGUGCAAAGCCCUCACGGAGCCAAUCGAGUCGUCGCUUUGCAAGCAAACAGAUUAACCCAAAUGUUUCAGGCGGUAAUUAUGAAGUUGGACAAGUGUCAUACAAGUUCAACUUCCUCAAAUCAAGAGGACCAAGAAGAAUGCAGUGCAAUAUCCAGUGCCCCGUAGGCCAGAGCACCGCAUCAGAUCCAUUGAAGAAGCUGAUUAGCACCUCAAGCCCCUUGGCUCUAAGAAACAAGGCACCACGAUGGCAUGAGCAUCUGCAGUGCUGGUGCUUGAAUUUCCAUGGCCGGGUGACCGUCGCCUCGGUGAAGAACUUCCAGCUCGUUGCUCCAGCUGGCACCAGCGAUCCAUGGGGCAUUGCAGAUGAGGAGACAGUGAUCCUGCAGUUCGGUAAGAUUGAGGACGACGCGUUCACGAUGGACUACCGGCAGCCGCUGUCAGCCUUCCAGGCGUUCGCCAUCUGCCUCACAAGCUUUGGCACGAAGCUGGCCUGUGAAUAAGUGUAACUUUUGGGUUUGAUGAUGAUUUACACCGUGCAUAUGGAUGGGAUCUCCGUUGAUAGCGCGGAUAGCCUGAAGCCCUGAACUAUAGCGCCCCUGUUGAACCAGGAGAGUAAGGUGUAAAAGGGCGACAGGGGCACACUGCACUGAACACACCGUGUCCCUAACUCUCGACUCUCUCUUCUCUUUUUCUCUCGUCUAAUGAUGUGGAUGGACUUGGUUUAUGUUGAUCUUGGAGAGAUGAUGGUAUAACUCUUUGUUGUAAAUGGCACUCCUUUUCACUUGCUGAUGUACCCCGUGCAUAAUGAAUGUACCAUUCUCCAGUCGAGUUUGCCCCUGGUC